CCGGCACCAGGGGGUUACGGAAGCAGCUGUCAUGAUGCUGGGGUCCUUGGUGUUGCAGAGAACCAUGCGGGUGCCGCGGCUCCUCCCCCAGCUGCUCCGGUCCCAGUCGCUCCGCAGUCAUAGCGGCGUCUUAGGCCGGAGCGUUACCCUCCACGACCGCGGGGAGCCUCAGUGGCUGAAAGCGGCCGCCUGGGGGCGCCCCGGAGCAUCGUCGGCCUUGCUCCCCGGACCAGGGGCAUCCAGCCGGGGGCGCCGGCCGCCGCGCACCGGCAUCUCGUGCUUGGCUGCCUCCACGUGGGGUCACCGUACCUGCCCCGAAGACGAAGAAACACUCUCAGAACAGGACAGCUGGAAUGGGGCCCCCCACAGGACCGGCCUGGGCAUAUGGGCCCUGGCCACUGCGCUGGUGGUUCACUGCUACAGCAAGAGUCCGUCCAACAAGGAUGCAGCCCUGAUGGAAGCAGCCCGCGCCAACAAUGUGCAGGAAGUCACCAGGCUGUUGGCGGAAGGUGCAGAUGUCAAUGCAAGGCACAAACUUGGCUGGACGGCACUGAUGGUGGCAGCUAUCAGCCGAAAUGACAGAGUGGUGCAGGUCCUGCUUGCUGCUGGAGCUGACCCAAACCUUGGGGAUGACUUCAGCAGUGUCUACAAGACCGCCAAGGAACAGGGAAUCCAUUCUUUGGAAGUCCUGGUCACCCGAGAGGAUGACUUCAACAACAGGCUGAACAACCGUGCCAGCUUCAAGGGCUGCACAGCCCUGCACUACGCUGUCCUGGCCGAUGACUACCGCACCGUGAAGGAGCUACUUGACGGAGGAGCCAAUCCCCUGCAGAGGAAUGAAAUGGGACACACCCCCUUGGAUUAUGCCCGAGAAGGGGAGGUGAUGAAGCUUCUGAGGACCUCCGAGUCCAAGUACCAGGAGAAGCAGCGGAAGCGUGAGGCUGAAGAGAGGCGCCGCUUCCCCCUGGAGCAGCGCCUGAAGGAGCACAUCAUUGGCCAAGAGAGUGCCAUUGCCACUGUGGGUGCUGCGAUCCGGAGGAAGGAGAAUGGCUGGUACGAUGAAGAGCACCCUCUGGUCUUCCUCUUCUUGGGAUCCUCGGGAAUAGGAAAAACUGAGCUGGCCAAGCAGACAGCCAAAUAUAUGCACAAAGACGCCAAGAAGGGCUUUAUCCGGCUGGACAUGUCUGAGUUCCAGGAGCGACACGAGGUAGCCAAAUUUAUCGGAUCCCCACCAGGCUACAUCGGCCACGAGGAGGGUGGCCAACUGACCAAGAAGUUGAAGCAGUGCCCCAAUGCGGUGGUGCUCUUUGACGAGGUGGACAAGGCCCAUCCAGAUGUGCUCACCAUCAUGCUACAGCUGUUCGAUGAGGGCCGGCUGACAGAUGGCAAGGGGAAGACCAUCGACUGCAAGGAUGCGAUCUUCAUCAUGACCUCCAAUGUGGCCAGUGAGGAGAUCGCCCAGCACGCACUGCAGCUGAGGCAGGAAGCCUUGGAGAUGAGCCGAAACCGCAUUGCUGAGAACCUUGGGGAUGUCCAGAUGAGCGACAAGAUCACCAUCUCAAAGAACUUUAAGGAGAAUGUGAUCCGCCCCAUCCUGAAAGCUCACUUCCGGAGGGAUGAGUUUCUGGGACGAAUCAAUGAGAUCGUCUACUUCCUCCCCUUCUGCCACUCAGAACUCAUCCAGCUAGUCAACAAGGAACUGAACUUCUGGGCCAAGAGAGCCAAGCAAAGGCACAACAUCACCCUGCUAUGGGACCGUGAGGUGGCAGACGUGUUGGUUGAUGGCUACAACGUUCACUAUGGUGCCCGCUCCAUCAAGCAUGAGGUAGAGCGCCGUGUGGUCAACCAGCUGGCGGCAGCCUAUGAGCAGGACCUGCUUCCCGGGGGCUGCACCCUAAGAAUCAUCGUGGAGGACUCGGACAAACAGCUCCUCAAGAGCCCCGAACUGCCCUCACCCCAGGCUGAGAAACGUCCACCCACGCUGCGCCUGGAGAUUAUCGAUAAGGACAGCAAGACCCGUAAACUGGACAUCCGGGCACCACUCCACCCUGAGAAGGUGUGCUACACCAUCUAGCAUCCGCCUGCCCGUAUGUGCCCUGAACACCCAAUAAAGGCCCCUUGCUGUGGCAUGGCAACUGA